AUGUUAGAGAAAAAGAAACAAGUUAACAGACAAAUAUUAUCCAAUUGUUUAUUCUCAAUCUCAAAUCAUUUUUCUAACAUAGAACUAACUACGACAUCAACGUCGACAUCAUCAACAACAUCAUCAACAACAUCAUCAACAACAUCAUCAACAACAACAACAUCAUCAACUUCAACAAUAGCAAUACCUAGAUGGACUGUCACAGGCAAUAUGAAUCUUGCACGACGAGAACAUGUAGCAAUCACAUUAGCAAAUGGAUCAGUAUUAGUUGCUGGUGGAUCCAAAUAUCUUGGUGAUAAUCUCAAUAGUGCUGAAUUAUACAAUCCAUCAACAGGCAUUUGGACAACCACAGGAAGCAUGACUGAUGCACGAAGAUUACAUACAGCAUCCACCUUAACAAAUGGAUUAAUAUUAGUUACUGGCGGACAUUAUGCUUGGGGUGGUACCGAAGCUGCUGAAUUGUACAAUCCAUCAGCAGGCACUUGGAGACUCACGGGAGAUAUGAAUUUUGGACGAUAUUGGCACACAGCAUCUACAUUAGAAAAUGGAUUAGUAUUAGUUGCUGGUGGAUACAACCAACGCUAUCUCAAUAGUGUUGAAUUAUACAAUGCAUCAUCAGACACUUGGACAAUCACAGGAAGCAUGAGUAUCGUACGUGGACAUCACACAGCAUCCACAUUAGCAAAUGGAUCAUUAUUAGUUGCUGGUGGAUCCAAAUAUCUUGGUGAUUAUCUCAAUAGUGCUGAAUUGUACAAUCCAUCAACAGGCACUUGGACACUUACAGGAAGCAUAAAUGUCGCAAGAAAUCAUCACACAGCAUCCAUAUUAUCAAAUGGAAUAGUAUUAGUUGCUGGUGGAUACAACGGUACUUAUCUCAAUAAUGCUGAAUUGUAUAAUCCAUCAACAGGUACUUGCACAAUCACGGGAAGUAUGAAUUUUGCACGGCGUAUUCAUACAGCAUCGACUUUAGCAGAUGGAUCAGUAUUAGUUGUUGGUGGAGAGAAUUCUUUAGGUAUUAUCAAUAGUGCUGAAUUGUACAAUCCAUCAACAGGCACUUGGACAAUCACAAGAAGUAUGAAUACCGAACGAUAUUGUCACACAAUAUCUACAUUAGCAAAUGGAUUAGUAUUAGUCGUCGGUGGUGUAACCUACAGUGCUUUCUUAAGUAGUGCUGAACUGUAUAAUCCAUUAACCGAUACUUGGACACUUACACCAAACAUGGAUAUCGUGCGACGAUUUCAUACAGUAUCCACAUCAGCAAAUAGAAAAGUAUUAGUUACUGAUGGAACUGGUAAUGGUGGUUAA